AUGUUAAAAGUAGCAGUACAGCAAACUGAUGAUGAAGAAUCUGUAACACCAGUAGACGAAAAUAAAGAUAUACCACCUUUUGGUAGUCAAGAGUAUAUUCAUUACUGGAGUGAAUUUGAAGGCCAUCUUCCAUCACCGAUUGACGUGUCUAUAACUGGUUCCGUGCGAUAUAUUUGCCCUGAUCUCGUCUGGUACAAUUUUGAGAUCUACCCUCACAAAGUAAAAAUAACAAACACUGGAUAUACAGUUCUAUUUGGAGCGAAAUGGAGAACAGAGCGACCCUAUUUGGAAGGCGGGCCGCUUUUAGAAAAGCACGUAUUUUCCCAGGCUCACUUCCACUGGGGAGGCAAUAUGAUGGAAGGGAGCGAGCACACGGUUGAUCAACGAAUAUAUCCUGGAGAAAUGCAAGCCAUAUUCUUCAGAUCGGAGUACAUAACACAGGAGGAGGCUCUGCGGCACCCUGAUGGCGUUGUGGUGGUCUGUUAUCUGAUCAAGUACGGAGUAAAUCCCGACGAUCGGCUACAAUGGAUCAUAGAAGGGUUUCCCCGCAUACGUGAAGCUCAGACGCACACACGCGUCGGACCGUUGCCGAUGUCACGUCUGUUUCCAAUGUUCUACGAGGAUUACUUCCUGUAUUGGGGAAGUUUGAGCAACGUGAAGGGCGAGACAUUUGUAGUCAGAUGGCUUGUACCGCGGAUUACUUUGUCUGCGUCCCUUAAUCAGAUGAAGGAGUUCCGAAGGCUAUGGAAUCCAUGGGAUGAACCAAACUUGCGUAACUUCAGGCCGCUGCAAGAAAAGCAAGACCGUCAUGUGUUCUUCAUACGCCCUCAUUGGAACCAAUACAACUCUUUACUACCGAUACCCAGACUACCAUGGCCCUCGAUAUCAAUCGUUUCGCCGGCGUACCAAGCUAACUUAUGGAUGUUACCGCCGCAAAAUGCAUACAUGCUUCCUAAACAAGACAUUGAAAAUGAAGACAAACAAACAAGUAAAAAAGAAUUGAUGUUCGAUAUGAAAUAAUUUUUUUUAAUAAAGAUAUAAUAUUUUGGUUAACCAAACCAUGAUACCUAUUUUCUGAAAGAUUACACAUCUAUUGAUACUCUAUUAAACUAUAACCCAAAGCCGAAA